GAGUGUUGCGAGAAUGCCGACGAGUGUCGAAAAUGAAGUAAAGUGUCGGGCGUAUGCAUCGUAGGGUCGUGCGUUCGUGCCAAGCGUGAAUUAAGUUGUUUAAUUGCCGUGAGAAGGAUCUUGUAUCCUAGCUCUGUGCCGGUCAGUCGGAAGGUUAGGCAAGGCGGCCCAUAGUCGCCACGCGUCGCGGCGUAAUUCAGCUCGCAUCCUCGUCGUCCCGUACGAGCUUUUGACACGCGAGCGAGUGUUUCGAAAGUACCGAGAGUCAAGUCGAGUAUCGGGCAUUCGUGCCAACUGCGUGCCGCGUUCGCGUGCCCGUCAUGUUGCUUCGACUGUCGUGUCGGACGCGACGUUGCAAAGUCGCGUUGUGUUCAAUCGUGUUUCGUAUCCUCUCCAUUAUCUUGUAUUCGGAGUUUCCGCGCCGCGUGAAUACCAGGAGUGACGAAAACGAAAUGUCGCGCGUUUGUGCCAAGUGUGAAUCAAGACGAACUGUCGUGAGGAGGAUCUUGGAUCUUCGAGAGCUACGAUCGAGAUGGAGCUGGAUGGAGCGACCAGCGGCGAACGUAUGGUCAAGAUGAGAAUGAAGAAUCUGAUUUGGAUGACGAACCGCAAGACGACGAAGACUUACUUACACAGCCACUUCAAGUCAACCCGCAAGCCUUGGAUGCGGCUGGUGUAUCUUCAUUAGCACACUUGAGCAAUUUCAUGAACACGCAUCCGCAGUUACUAGCGAAGAUUAGAUUGGAGUUUCUUGGAUGCUUUUUACAGCAGAGCGAGGCAGACAUAUUGCAAGGUAGAAAUUUGGAGGCUCUACAUGCCGCGAUGGCCAGCGGUAACUUGAGCAAUCUGUUCCCACCUUUGUACAUGUCAUCGCCGCCUCCACUGCCACUGCCGCAGCCGUUACAGAACAACCAUUCGCAAGUCGCGGGAAAUCUUGGGAAUCAAGUGACCGAAAAUCAGGCGUUAGCUUGUUCCACUUCCUCCAGGGCUCCCGUUUCCACUUCGCAGCCCAACGAAUCCUCGCCACCUCGCUGCAGAAAUAAUGGAGACGCUUCGCAGGGAAACACCAGGAAUAACGGGGAAGCUCGCGAGGGUGAAGCUCGUGCCGCAUCGGCGAAUAGUCAGCAUACAUCUGGAACCAACUGGAGCUUCGAGGAACAAUUCAGACAGUUGUACGAGCUGGACGAUACCCCGGAACGAAAAGCAUUCCUGGAUAACCUCUUCUCUUUCAUGCAGUCCAGAGGAACACCCAUCAGCCGACUACCUAUCAUGGCAAAAUCCGUAUUGGAUCUCUACGAGCUCUACAAGUUAGUCGUAAUGCGGGGCGGACUGGUCGAGGUUAUCAAUAAGAAACUAUGGCAGGAAAUCAUCAAGGGUCUUCGGUUGCCAGCGAGCAUUACUUCCGCCGCGUUUACUUUGCGAACUCAGUAUAUGAAAUAUCUCUAUCCAUACGAGAAAGAGAAGGAAGGAUUAUCGACGCAAGAACAACUUCAGACGGCGAUCGAGACAAAUCGUCGCGAGAGCCGCAGGAACAAUUAUGCCGCUUACUCUUCUAACAACGACAAUUUAGUAUCGCGCAAUCAGCACAACUCGCUGCCGCCAAAUCAGAUGCCGUUACAAUUAUCCAUCGCUCAAAUGGCAGUGGCUGCGAAUGAAUCGCAUCAUGUCGUCAACGGACAUCCACACGCUACGCAACAUCAUCCGCAACAUCUUCCACCAAACCUAGCACCUAAUCAGCAAGCAGCAUUUUCAGAAUAUAUGGCGAGGCUAAUCAGAGACAGAAGCACAAUGGCCAAUAAUCCGAUAAUCCAAGGUAACACGUCGACACCGCCACCUACAACGGCGGAAGGAUUUAAAGGAUGCGGAUUGCAUUUCUGGAACAUGUGCAAUCAAACCAAUAACAAUAUCCAAUAUCCAGGGAUGAUUCAGCCGUCUUUUUCUCCAGCGUCGUCUCACUCGCCAUUAGCACCGACAAAUAGCCCGGAACCACAGAGAGAAGCGCUGGAUCUCGCAAACUCUGGACACAGAUCGGAUCUAGUGUCUUCUCCGACCACUAGUAGAUCACCACCAUCGGGAGGAGAGAAGAGAAAUACUGAGACUGUUGCACACUCACCCACGACGCCUACUAAAAGAAUGAAAAGGAUGUCGUUAUCCGAUGAGGAAGGAAACAACACGAUGCAUUCCCUGCGUAUUAGACAAAUGGUUAGCACUCGAGAGAAUGGACGAAGACAACUAGAAAUUAGUAUAGACAUUGAUGGUAUUUUGUACGAAGGCAUCCUUCCAGUUAAACGAGUUAAUGAUGAGGCCAGUAGUAACUCAUUGAGCCCCAAUAAUAAUAAUAAUGGGACUCGAACUCGACAGAAUAGCGAUUCGUGAAUAUUUUAAAACACGUGACUUCACAUGAAACGGAGUAGCCUUGGAGAGUCUAAUUAAUAAUUCUGCUUUUCAAACACAUGCGAGAUAGACAUUCAGGAUUAGACAUUAUAGACAUUUAGUACGAAAUGAAAAAUAAGAAAAUGAAGAGAAAAAGCUUCCAGUAUUUAUAUAUUAAAAUUUUUAAUCGUAUUUUUUUAAUAUUUUUUUAAUGGGCUUUUAUGUGAAAGAGAAUCGUUAAUUUGUCUUAUUAGAAAAAUUAGUGAUCCUUUUCAAUCAUGAAAAUCUUUAAAUGCAUUUUAUAAUGUUACAGACUUUCUUAUUAGUGUUUUAGAUAUUACUCAAAUGUCUAUAAUAUCUAUCUGAAUAUUUUAAAUGUAUUUGAAAAACAGAGUUAUUACGGUCGAAAAUUAAGUUCCAAAUAGUUCCAUAUAUAUAUAUAGUAUCAUAAACUCUGAAUUUUAAUAAAGUCUUGGGAUUCCCGUGCAAAUUCUAAGUUUUUCUAAAAUUCGGAAUUUUGCAGUUACACGUAAUAGCUUCGUUAACCAACUUUUUCACAUAGAAACUUAUAAAUAAAAAACAAAAAUGAAGAGAUACGCCAUAAUUAGGUGUAUAUAAUUAACAAACGUAAGAUUGACGUAACUGAAUUGCAUAUACUCCAACUUUUAUAGAUAAAAAUUCAUAGACGGUAUGAAUAUCUGGAUGUAACGUAGACUUUAUGCAAGGGAAGUGAAGCUUGAACGGCAAGGAGAAAAUUGCUCGGUAGUGAUAUUGGUAAAUUAUAGGAUUAGUAGUGAUAUAAGGUUGACAAGAACAUAAUAACAAAGGACAUUGUACAGUCAGUGUUAGUUUUAGUAUUAGUGCUUGCCUAUUGCCUUUUUGGUAAGAUAAUAUUUGUCUUACGUUUCCGAAUUUACUUCCUUUUACCUACGCUCCAUUCAGGUAUUCGUACUUCUAUGUAAAAAUUUAUAAAUCAUUUAUAGGGAAUUUAGAUAUUUUUAUUGGUGGCAAAGAAUCAGUGAUCCUUUUUACCAAAGUGAGAUUUAUUUAUAAAUCGAAUUAAUUUAGAUAUAAUGUGAUAUUAGAUACAGAUUGUUAAAUGUAAUUAUGAUGAAUGUAUGUUUGUAAAGACUUAGAGAUUUUGUGACUAAUAUGUACUGGAUGCAAUAAUGGUGUUUUGUGCGACCACACUCAAGAAUCAAAUUUUAUUAUAACAUUUAAGUAUCUUUAAGUUCUUAGAUAAUUUUUCAUAUUUUACAUAAUGUAGUUACGAGUUUCAAACACAACUAUUAUUACUGGUUUAUUUACUAAUGAUAGUUUGACUACUUCAUUCCUGUAAAUAAUAAAAAUCGGCGAAUUGCGUAUCCUAAAUAUCAACGCGCUGGACACCAUUAAUGUAUUCAACUGUACUUUCCGACGUUAUUUCGAUUAUAUAAUAGAUUUCUAUCAUCGGAGUAUGUGCAAUCGGAGGAUGAAUACAUAUCAUACUAUACAGUAUGUUCAUUUUAGGUAUAAACUGUAAAAAACAACUAUUGAUACAAAUUUUCAUAUAACUAUACGAAAAUUUGUCAAAUUUAGUAAGAAUUAGAAUAAUUGUUGACGUUGAGUUAGAUUUGUGUCAUUUGGAGAUACAGUAGAUAUUGAAUAUUGUACAUAAUAAUUUUCUGCUUUUACAGGACUACAUAUUUUUUCUAUUACUAUUAUUUUAAAUAUUUAGUAUUUGUAUUUUUUCUUAUAAACGAAAAGGUUAACGGUAAAUAGCAUAAACAUUUGUAAUCCUCGGAUAUAUUUGUACCAGAAAUGAGUGAUUUUGAGGUACGAGGGACAUUUUCCCGAUUCAUUUUAUGAUAAAUUUUACAUUUAUAAUUAUACGAGGAUUAAACGAGGAUAUUUCCUGUGUCAUUUGUUUUCAUUUGUUAUUUUCUCUUCAUUGCAGAAAUGAGAAGAUAUUGAAUAUGAAAUAUUAUAUAUGUAUAUACCUUUUAUAUUAAUUUAGAUUAUUUUAUGCUUAUUUUAAGGUCAUUUAUCGAAAUCAAACUUUUUUAGAUUAUAUUCUUUAAGUACUUUAUAAGAUAUCUCUUUUGUUAGAAGACAAGCUAUCGUGAAAAUACUAUACGUACAAUAAUAUGUGUAUUCCUUUUUUUUUGUAUUAUUGUACAUUGCUUCAUUUCAUGAUUUUGUAUUUUAAAAUUGAUACUAUCUUACUAAAUAUAAAUUUUUUAAAUAAUGUAUCAUUUAAAUUUGUCAUAUUAUUGUCUACUAAAGAGUAGCUUAAUUGAAAGCAUACGUGUGAUGAUCACAUCACAAAUGAUAAAUAAACUUCAUGUACAUACAUGAUGAUAGACAAUUAAAUUUCGAGAUUGAUUUCGUAGUCUUGUCAAGGGGACGAGUAUUAGUACUUUUGAUUCUGUACAGUUGACAUAAUUUUGUUAUUAAGAGCUUAAAGAUAUUAUUGUUUCAUUUUUGGCGCAUACGUAGAGAAAUUUCAAAAGUAGAAUAUGUUAAGAUAAUCCAGUAAUUAUCCUUGAUAAUUAUUCAAUGGAAAUUACAAAAAUGGAUUUCAUAUCCAUAUUUCGUAAUAUUUUAAAUUGAAUCAUAUAUUGUAAAUCGAUGUAUCAACACAUACAACAUUUGUUUAUACUCCAAUAGAUAUUUACUUAUCGUGAAUCUCUCUCUUUCUGUCUAUCUCUCUUUCUCUCUGUCUCUCUUUCUCUCUCUAAAUGUAAAUAAUGCAUUUUUAUAGGAUUAUUAAGUUAGAAUUAUUAAUUACAUAAAGAAUAGUUCUAAAGAUUAAGAGUUAUAAAAUCUAGUUUCUCAUAAAGAUGAAACAUUGAAAAAAAUAAAAUAGAAUUCAAAGAAACUACUAUCUCUUUCAUUCACAUAUCUCUAUGUGAAUCAUAUACAUAUUUUGCAUUGUUCAAUGCGUAAUGUUUGAUAUGUAUGCGUUAUCUUAAAAAAUUUAAAAGAUUAUCUUAAAAAAAAAAAUAAUCCAUGCAAGAUUUGUACGAUACAUAUUAAAUAUAAAAAUUCGUAGUCAUUGAGGCGAGUCAAUGAUCUUGAUUAAUAAUGAGAGUGUAUUUAGCACACGUAUUAGAAUAUAUAAUAAAAUAAUAAAACAAUAGCGAAAAUCUACUACAAGGCUGUAAAAAACUACGAUGUGAAGAUGAUUAUCAUUUUCAAGUCGUAUAAUUUUUCAGAGAACGAACUCUGAGAGAUUCCUAAGUUGAUUGAGAGACCCGUGUUUCACAUCAAGUGUACGCGUCCCCCAGGCCGUAUGGUCAAUGAAUCCGUAUGGGCAGUGUCUCGCGUAUCGACAUCCUUACAGAAAUUGGUCAAUUUAAUGCUAUAUCUUAUUUUAAAGAUUAAAAACAUUGUUAACAGUUAACGGUGUUUUUCUAUUUUAUUGAUUUAAAAUUUAAAAUAAGUAAUAAAUAUAGUACUAAAUUUCUGUAAGGGCAGCGAGAACGAUGUGUUUUACCAAAAGACUGUCUUAGUUUUAAAAUUAUACCUUAGAAUUUUAAGUCGUGAAAUUAUAAGUAAUGUUUUAAUAAUUUUAAGUUGCGAUUAUUACAUGAUAUCAUUAUCACAUUAAAUCCUAUUAUACAUGGGAUUUUCCAGUAGUUGUAGAAAAGUAGAAAGCAGUUUGCCUAGCAUCUUUCAAAUAUGCUUGAAGAUGUAAAGAACGAUUCGUAAUCAUCUUCAUAUAUUGCGCACAAAUUCAUACGUAAAUUGGAGAUCAAUCUCAUUUUAUACAUUUCGGUAAUUUUAUUUACUUUCUCUACGUUUUGCGACUCUAGAAAAAAUUCAUUUUAAUGGAGUAUUACAGCUUCGAUUUUAUGAUAAACGUAUUUAGAUAUUAUAUAAUUAACAUGUUGAAUUAAAAUGUUUAAUAAUUUUGUUUUUUAUUUGAAACGUGUUAAAUCAGCUAAUUCUAACAUUAAUGCCAUUUAUAGUAAAGAAAAACGUAAUCUUUAUUUUAGUCUCUAUGCUAAACUCAACGAGCACUAUGAAGAAUAUAAUUAGACAUUUUAUAUAGAUCUAUGUUCAUAUCAUAACAACGAAGCUGUUCCAACUGUUCCAAGCGUAAAUUUCUAUUUGAAAUAUGCUAAGCGCUUACUGCUACUCCAGAGAGAGAAAAGAUAGUAUAAAUGGCUAGCAUAGUUAUUAAAAAAUAUCUUAAGCAAUUAGUAAUAUACUACCGUUAUUAUUAAUUAUACCAUUGUUAUAAGUAUUAUCACAUAUUACAUAUGUGUGAUUAUAUUUAUAUUAAUGCAAUGCCGAUAUGCAAUCGUGAUGUAAAUAAUAAUAACGAGUAAUUAAAUAAUAAUGGAUAAUUAAAA